AUGCAGAGUCCCCAGCAUGCUGUAUUCAUUGCGCUGCAUGUAGGUGCUGGAAAUCAUGGCUCAGCCAGUGAAAAACAUUUAAAGAAGUUAUGCAAGUCAGUGUGCUCGUCAGGUUUGGCUCAGCUUAACACAGGUGCCAAUGCGUUAGAUGUUGCCGUGAGGGCUUGUUCGCUGCUAGAGGACUCUCCAUAUACCAAUGCCGGAUUUGGAGCCCAGUUAAACGAGGAAGGUCAGGUUGAAUGUGAUGCAUGUAUAAUGGAUAACAGAGGGAAAUCUGCAGCAGUUGGAGCCGUCAGACAUGCUCGCAACGCGGUAGAAGUCUGUGGCGAAAUGCUCCGGGACCUGAUUGAUCCCGCCCGCAUCAAGGAUCCAUUGGGUCGUGUACGUCCUGCGCUACUUGUGGGUGCUGGUGCUGACAAAUAUGCUGCCCAACAUGGAUGCCUACUCGUGACAGAUGAAGCCGAUCUUGUAACAGAUCGAAGUUUGCGCGAGUAUUUAGAGCUUAAACGGUAUCUACGGAAGACUGAGGGUGUUCAGGAUACAGUUGGAGUUAUUUGUGGAGACGUUUUAGGGAAUGUUGUUACUUGUGCAAGUUCUGGAGGCAUUGCACUCAAGGUUGCAGGCCGUGUAGGACCUGCUGGAAUUGUAGGGGCCGGUGUCUACGCAGGCCGUGGACCGGGCACAGUGACUGCUGCUGCAUGCACCAGUGGUACUGGUGAAGACAUUAUGACUGUUCAAGCUGCACGAGUUGUAUGUGAUCGAUUAUGCACAGCUGGGCCUGAUGGGGUUAAUGCAGCAUGGCUAGAGAAAAACUUGAUACAACCAGAAUCUGCAGAGGCCGAAUCCUUUCAGCGUGGGCCCCGGUUAUAUUUUGGAGUAUUGACUGCAUUUGUUUCUGGUCCUGGAGCAGUUGAAAUUGGGUUUGCACAUACGACUGAAGCCAUGAUUCUUGGGUAUGCAGUGGCUGGAGGGCGAGGUCCUGUGGCUGAAGUUUCACGAAAUGAAAAAGGCAGCAACAAUCUUGUUUUUGGAGGAUAUGGAUAUGAAUCUGGAGUCACAGAAGAGUGA